CACGCGACGCGCGAGCCGAUCGAACGAUAUGGCUGAGUUUCCCAAGCUAUAUACCUACUCCUUUCGACUUGGAGGGAACCGGCUUGUUACCCACUGCGAGGUUGAUACACAACGGGAAGGAAUCUGCCAAGUGUCAUCAACGAAGGGGCGAUCUUUCCGAGACAAGGUCUUCUUUCCUCAGAGCCUAGGCAAGAAUGACUCUUGUCUUCUCCCCGGUAGAAAAUGGGGCCACCUGAGAGAAAACAGUGGUAGAAUGAAGGGUAGGUGCGUGCAAGUGCCAUUUCGAUGCCGAAAAUUGUCAUCACAUGUCGCUGUAUUGUCACUCCGAUGAACGCCUUCGGGAAAUGAAGUUCUAAGAUCAGGGACUCGCGGAUAAAGAAGGUCCAGCACAUCGUGCGUGUGGUUCGAUUGCGGCCGGCAAAGCGUGGCUAAAGUUGUCACUCUUCGGCGUCGGUACACGGAGAACAAGGCGCGACACGUCGACGUCCUUCCGCCGGCGCCAUCUCGGGGUGAACGGAGAACCGAGGAGAAGAAGGCAACCUCCGGACUGCAAUUCCAUUCACCGAACAGAUUUCAUAUGCAAAUAGUCUACCUGGUGAUGAAUAUAUUUGGAUCGU